UAUUAUUUUCGGAACUGAAUAAGCUCAUCGUUGUUCAAUUUUAAUGGCAUCAUCUUCUUUGCCUUUUACUUCUCUUCCUCACCAAUUUGUUUCACCAAACAAAUCGUCAUCGAAAUCGGCGCCGAUUUCGACGUCGCGUCGUGUUGUUGUUCGGCGGAUUAGAGUGUCAGUGCCGGAGAAACCAUAUGUGUCAGCGGUGGCGGUUUCGGAUAAUGGAGAAGUCAAGCUCCCGGUGAAGAAAAUUCCGGGUAAUUAUGGGGUUCCUUUUGUCGGUCCACUCAGAGAUCGACUUGAUUAUUUCUACAAUCAAGGUCGAGAUGAGUUUUUCAAAUCGAAAAUCAAGAAAUAUAACUCAACUGUGUUUCGAAUCAACAUGCCACCGGGUCCUUUGAUCUCUCAAAACUCAGAGGUUGUGGCUUUACUCGACGGUAAGAGUUUCCCCGUUCUUUUCGAUAUCACCAAGGUUGAAAAGAAGGACCUUUUCACCGGCACUUAUAUGCCUUCAACUGACCUCACCGGCGGCUAUCGAAUCCUCUCGUAUCUCGACCCUUCCGAGCCCAAGCACGCCAAGCUCAAACAACUCGUGUUUCAUCUCUUGAAAUCUAGGAGAGAUCAAGUAAUCCCCGAGUUCCAAGCCUCUUACGGUGAGUUAUUUGAAACGUUAGAGAAACAACUGGGUGAGGAAGGCAAAAGCAGUUUUCAGAUAGCUAACGACCAAGCCGGGUUCAACUUCUUGUGUCGGGCUUUCUAUGGUACGGACCCAAGGGAUACUAAACUAGGAACCGACGGUCCAAGUUUGAUUAGUAAAUGGGUACUGUUUCAGCUGGGUCCGGUUCUUUCUCUGGGUCUCCCAAAAUAUGUUGAAGAACUCUUAAUCCAUACUUUCCCUCUCCCCCCGGCUUUGGUUAAAAAGGAUUACCAGAGACUCUACGAUUUCUUCAACGAAUCGUCUGGUUUCGUUCAGGAUGAUGCUGAGAAAAUGGGCAUUUCAAGAGAAGAAGCUUGCCAUAAUUUGCUGUUCGCCACGUGUUUUAAUUCAUUCGGUGGCAUGAAGAUCUUCUUCCCCAACAUGCUUAAAUGGAUCAGCAGAGCUGGAGUGAAGAUACACACUGAAUUAGCAACGGAGAUCAGAUCGGCAAUCAUAUCCAACGGCGGGAAACUCACAAUGGCCGCCGUGGAACAGAUGCCAUUGAUGAAAUCCGUCGUGUACGAAGCGUUACGGAUCGAACCACCCGUCCCGUUACAAUACGGGAAAGCAAAGAAGGAUUUCUUGAUCACCAGCCAUGACGCCGUCUUCCAAGUGAAACAAGGGGAGAUGUUAUUCGGGUUCCAACCGUUUGCAACGAAAGACCCGAAGAUAUUUGAGAGAUCGCAGGAGUUCGUCGCCGACAGGUUCGUCGGAGACGACGGAGAGAAGCUGUUGAAGCACGUGCUUUGGUCGAAUGGACAGGAGACACAGCAAUCGACGUUGGGGAACAAACAGUGCGCUGGCAAGGAUUUCGUGGUUCUGAUGUCGAGGCUUUUGGUGGUGGAAUUGUUUAGACGUUACGAUUCAUUCGAUAUCGAAGUGGGGAAGUCGGCAUUGGGGGCUGCCGUUACGGUUACGUCCUUGAAGAGAGCAAGUUUCUAAGACCAACAAGAAAAUAUAUGUUUUUUUCAAUUAGUAAGUUUGGCAAGUCAUUCAUGUGAUGUGAUGUGAUAUGAUUGGAUAUGACAUUUUUAUGAUUAAAUUUUGGGUUAAUUAAAUGAUUUAUUAUUUA